ACAGUGAGUCGUGGCACGCUGCUACACGCUGAGUAUAACAACUGAAUGUGUGGAUACGGGACUUUAAGCAGAGGAGUGCUGCUGUUGGUUUAAUUUGACUUGACUCCUUUUGUUAGAACUCAUCAUUAUUUUCAAUCAAGGAGCAGAAAAAUAGCUUUGUCUUAAAAAGGAAACGCGCAGAUGAGUCAACAUGCCGACUGGAUCAGUAAAACUGCAAAGCAUCAAAAAACUGGGACAGGAAAACCACAGCUAUGAGUUUUCAGAUGAAGAACCAGAUGCCUCUAAAACGAACGUGACAACUUCCAAGGAUGAUAGCAAAGAUAAGGGAAAUGCGGAGCAACCAGCGAUAAGAGUUGGCUUCUUUGAGCUGUUCCGUUUUUCCACAUGCAACGAGGUGCUGAUGAUGGUGGUGGGCAGUGUGUGCGCGGUGCUGCACGGCUCGGCCCAGCCCCUCAUGCUGCUGGUGUUCGGCCUGCUCACCGACACCUUCAUCGAGUACGACAUCGAGCUCAACGAGCUGAACGAUGACAGGAAGGAGUGCGUGAACAACACGAUCCAGUGGAAGAGGAACUACACUGUGGUGAACGACUGGAGCCACAUGAACAAUUCAACAUGGGAGAUGCUCAGCCCGCUGAAGCCCAGGUCGUGUGGGAUUCUCGACAUUGAAUAUGAAAUGACCAAAUUUGCCCUCUAUUAUGUUGGAAUUGGCGCAGCUGUCUUCUUGCUGGGAUACUUUCAGAUCUCCCUGUGGGUGACGGCUGCUGCCAGGCAGAUUCGGCUCAUCAGGAAAUUAUAUUUCGGCAGGGUGAUGAGGAUGGAGAUCGGCUGGUUCGACUGCACCUCUGUUGGGGAGCUCAACACUCGCAUGUCAGACGAUAUUAACAAGAUCAAUGACGCCAUUGCGGAUCAAGUUGCCAUUUUCCUGCAGCGCUUCACCACCUUUGUGUGUGGUUUCUGCAUCGGCUUUGUGAAAGGAUGGAAGCUAACGCUGGUGAUUGUUGCAGCAAGUCCACUGAUCGGUAUUGGAGCUGGUCUUAUGGCCGUGUUUGUGGCUAAGCUAACAGGGAUGGAGCUGCAGGCCUACGCCAAAGCUGGAGCUGUAGCUGACGAGGUUCUCUCCUCCAUCAGGACAGUCGCUGCUUUUGGUGGAGAGAAUAAAGAGGUGCAGAGGUACGACAGGAACUUGAUCUCAGCGCAGCGCUGGGGCAUCAGGAAGGGUCUGAUCAUGGGCUUUUUCACCGGAUACAUGUGGAUGAUCAUCUUUCUGUGCUAUGGUUUGGCGUUCUGGUAUGGCUCCAGCCUGGUGGUGGAUACUGAGGAGUACACACCAGGAACGCUACUGCAGGUGUUCUUUGGUGUUCUGAUAGCAGCAAUGAAUUUGGGGCAGGCGUCCCCAUGUCUGGAAGCGUUCGCCGCGGGCCGUGGAGCCGCCACCAUCAUAUUUGAAACUAUAGAGAGAGAGCCGGAGAUUGAUUGUCUGUCUGAGGCUGGAUAUAAGCUUGACAGGGUCAAAGGAGAUAUUGAGUUUCACAAUGUGACCUUCCACUACCCCUCCAGACCUGAAGUCAAGAUUCUGGACCAGCUUAGCGUUGCAGUGAAGGCAGGGGAGACCACAGCCUUUGUGGGUCCCAGUGGAGCUGGGAAGAGUACUGCUGUUCAGCUCAUCCAGCGCUUCUAUGACCCCCAAGAGGGCAUGGUGACCCUGGACGGUCAUGACAUCAGAGGGCUGAACAUCCAAUGGCUGCGUUCCCUGAUUGGCAUUGUGGAGCAGGAGCCUGUGCUGUUUGCCACGACCAUCGCCGAGAAUAUACGCUAUGGUCGACCCGGCGUCUCCAUGGAAGACAUCACCAGUGCUGCAAAGCAGGCCAACGCCUACAACUUCAUCAUGGACCUGCCGCAGAAAUUCGACACCUUGGUGGGGGAGGGAGGGGGUCAGAUGAGCGGCGGACAGAAGCAGCGUAUUGCCAUUGCUCGAGCGCUGGUCAGAAAACCUCGUAUCCUGCUGCUGGACAUGGCAACCUCUGCCCUCGACAACGAGAGUGAGGCUGUAGUUCAAGAGGCUUUGGACAGUGUACGCAUGGGUCGCACCACCAUCUCCAUCGCCCACCGGCUGUCCACCAUAAAGAACGCUGAUGUGAUUGUUGGCUUUGAGCACGGCCGAGCCGUGGAGAGGGGCAAACACGAUGAGCUGCUGGAGAGGAAGGGAGUCUACUUCACUCUCGUCACCCUGCAGAGCCAAGGGGACAAGGCUCUGAAUGAGAAGGCUCGGGAAAUGGCUGACGAUGAAGAGGAGCCACAGAGGCUAAAUCUAUCCAGAGCAGGCAGCUACCGUGCCAGUUUGAGAGCCUCUAUUCGCCAGCGGUCCAGAUCUCAGCUGUCCAAUCUGAUCCCAGAGUCCUCUGUUCCCAUUGCCGGAGAGCUCGGCCCCAGAGCCUACGCUGUGUCACAGGCAGACAAGUCCGAGAAUGCCGUCCUGGAGGAAGAGGAGGAGGUUGUGGAGCCUGCUCCAGUUUCCAGGAUUCUGAAGUACAACCUGCCUGAGUGGCCAUAUAUGCUUUUUGGAUCCUUUGGGGCUGCCAUAAAUGGAGGGGUCAACCCUGUUUACUCUCUACUGUUCAGUCAAAUCCUGGCGACAUUCUCGGUAACAGAUCCUGUGGCUCAGAGGAAGGAGAUUGAUAGUAUCUGCUUGUUCUUUGUCAUGGUCGGCGUGGUCUCUUUCUUCACGCAGAUGCUGCAGGGUUACGCAUUCUCCAAGGCUGGAGAGCUGUUGACCCGCAGGUUACGGCGGCUCGGCUUCCGAGCCAUGCUGGGCCAAGAGAUUGGCUGGUUUGAUGAUCACAGGAACAGCCCCGGAGCUCUGACCACGCGCCUGGCGACCGAUGCCUCGCAAGUUCAGGGAGCCACGGGCUCGCAGAUCGGCAUGAUAGUCAACUCUCUGACCAACAUCGGCGUGGCCGUCCUCAUGUCCUUCUACUUCAGCUGGAAGCUCACGCUGCUCAUCCUGUGCUUCCUGCCGUUCCUUGCUCUGUCGGGUGGCUUCCAGGCUAAGAUGCUGACAGGGUUCGCAAAGCAGGACAAGCAGGCGAUGGAGGCCGCCGGACGGAUUUCCGGCGAGGCGCUGAAUAACAUCCGGACCAUCGCAGGCCUGGGGAAAGAAAGGGUGUUUGUGGAAAUGUACGAGGCACAGCUAGAUGCUCCGUACCAAGCAUCCCGAAAGAAGGCAAAGGUUUACGGAGCCUGCUACGGUUUCGCCCAGUGCGUCGUCUUCUUAACCAACUCCGCCUCCUACAGGUUUGGAGGUUACUUGGUGCGACAAGAGGGGCUCCAUUUCAGCUUAGUGUUCAGGGUCAUCUCAGCCAUCGUCACCAGUGGCACAGCCCUCGGCAGAGCCUCUUCUUACACACCCGACUACGCCAAGGCCAAGAUUUCUGCAUCACGUUUCUUCCAGCUGCUGGACCGUGUGCCUCAGAUCAGCAUCUACAGCGAUAAGGGAGAUAAAUGGGAUAACUUCCAAGGGAACAUUGAGUUCAUUGACUGUAAGUUCACCUACCCCACCAGGCCUGACAUCCAGGUCCUGAAUGGGCUGAAUGUGUCUGUGAAGCCCGGCCAGACACUGGCCUUUGUGGGCAGCAGCGGCUGUGGGAAGAGCACCAGCAUACAGCUGCUGGAGAGGUUUUACGAUCCUGACCAUGGCCGAGUGCUGAUUGAUGGCCAUGACUCGACUGGUGUCAACGUGCCCUUCCUGCGUUCAAAGAUUGGCAUCGUGUCCCAGGAGCCCAUCCUGUUCGACUGCAGCAUAGAAGAGAACAUCAAGUACGGUGACAACUUGCGGGAAAUCAGCGUGAAUGAGGUCAUCGCUGCCGCCAAGAAAGCCCAGCUUCACGACUUUGUCAUGUCACUUCCUGAGAAAUACAACACAAAUGUCGGCGCCCAGGGUUCUCAGCUGUCUCGUGGUCAAAAGCAGCGCAUCGCAAUUGCCAGGGCCAUCAUACGUGACCCCAAGAUCCUGCUUCUGGAUGAGGCCACCUCCGCCCUGGACACUGAGAGCGAGAAAACCGUGCAAGAAGCCCUGGACAAAGCCAGAGAGGGCCGGACCUGCAUCGUCAUCGCCCAUCGCCUGUCCACCAUUCAGAACUCUGACAUUAUCGCCGUCAUGUCUAGGGGCUAUGUGAUCGAGAAAGGAACGCACGACCAGCUCAUGGCGCUGAAGGGAGCCUACUACAAGCUGGUUACCACGGGAGCACCAAUCAGCUAACUGCCCCGGGAAACCACAGCCAAUUAGCGAGGCAGCCGAGAGGAACGAAUGUAAGGAGCAGUGUUAUCGCCGUACAUCCAGAGACAGAUCAGGACCGGAAGUAUGCCAUAGCCUGUAAAGAAAGUAAAAUACACUGAUUCACUCUCAUAGUAUUUAUUUUUGGUUGGGGACACUGUUUUAAAGAGAGGGAUUUUGUUGGGGUGUUUUAAGGUAAUUAGGGACUGUACUUUAUUUAUCAGAGUAGGAGGGCGGCUGCGGUGUGACUUUUUUUAAGAUAAUGACCCUCCCCAGAGAUACAGAUAUUUUUCGUUGAGCCUCCCUGAGUGACUGGGGGGAAAUGGCCCUCCUUCCACUAUAAAUAACCACAUUUCACUGUUUCUGGCCAAGAUAAAUGGAGUGACUUUGGAGAUUUUCAAAGAAAACAUGUCUUGAAAACCCACUUAUAGGUUUUGAAUUUCUGAGUCAAAUCAAAAAACAACUCCCCCCAUAGUCCCUUCGUUACUAAUUAUCUUUCUGUUAUAUUGGCAUUUUUUGGUCUUUAGCCUAAAUUUGAUGCAGCGGUAUUCAACAAAUGUGCACCACAGUUCACCACAGUCUACUGCUUCAUCCAGUCCUUUGGUGGUAAUGUGCCUGUGAGCUGGUUUUAUUACCAACAAUAAUCGACAGGCAUGAAGCUCUUAAAUUUCAAGCCAAAAUAUUGCAUUAUUCAUGUCCAGACACAACACAGUCAUGGCAAAACACCCACAAAUGGUGAUCAUUUACUGUACUCUUACUGUACUAUAAAAAAGAUGAUUCUUGUUACUGAGCUUUAUCAGUAUUAUACAUCAUAUAUUUAUAUUUAAUAUCGCAUAAUUUUAUUAAUGGUUUUAAAGAAAUACAUAAGUUUCUAUCUUGCUGUGUAAAGAUGAACAGAUUGAUACCACUCUGAUGUAUGUAGACUAAUUAUUAGCCAGACUGAACGGCUAGUUAGCUUAGCUUAUCCUAAUGAUUGAAAGCAGGGGGAAACAGUUAGCCUGGCUCUGUCCCACCAGAUCCUCUGAAGCUCACUCUUUCACAUUACAGCACAUGACUACAGUAAAAACACAACGUGUCGUCUUUACGGAGUUUAGACAGGUGCAAAAUCAGACAGGACCGGGCUAGCUGGUUUACCCUGCUGCUAGAUUUUAGGUGGAGCUAUGCUAGGCUAAGCUAAACAU